AUAACAUUGCACGGUAAAACGCCGGACGGUUAGGAUGAGACGCUCAGUGUUCUAUUCGAUUGACAGCACCUGCUUGCAUGGAUCUUAACAAAAGGCCUGCUUUUAUGUAUAUAUUUGUGUGAUAGGAAAAUAAUAUAUUUGAACAUUAUGUUGACUGAAUCAGUGUCUGAUCCUCGCCGGGCCAACUGGUUGACCAUUACUAGUAUGUCAGAAGAUGUGUGUUGGCCAGAAGAACCUAGUACAUCCAGACCUAACUGGGAGCUGGAAGCCGAGAUUUUGCGUUUAACCACGAGACUGAUGAUGCGGGAAAGAGAACUCCGCCAAGUCAAGAGUCAGCUGAAGGCCCAGAACGCCAAAAUGCAACAACAGAAUAUCUCCUGGCGACGGAGGAUGGAGGAGAAGGAGGAACAAGUGAAAGAGCUCCUCGUCCAGAAAGACGCGGAGAUGCAAAACAUCGUGUCCCAGCUGCUGCUGUUCGAAGCUGAGCUACGUCGAGAGCAAUCUCGCAUCGAAGACCUCCUCAGCGAGAAGGACGCUCAGAUCGCAUCUCAACAAAAAGAGAUAGAACGCCUCAAGCGUUCUGUGGAGGCGAAAACGACGAGUUUUGUGGACAACAAUUCCCCUGUGAUAAGCAGUGAUUCUGCUUUUAGUUCCUUAGACAACAGUGAUAACAAAGAAAGGUCGAACGGAACCCGGGAUAUUCGGAUUUACGAAGAUGCUCUGUCAUCCGAUUCCCAGUACGCCGUCCAGAAACUUAAAGAUGGAUUGGUGAAAAUUCGCGCCAUCCAGGACGUGACUAAUGUGAAAUCUUUAGACCUUUCUCAUGACAGUGUUACUGGCGAGAAAAAGCGGAUUUCGUACCGGGCUCCGCAAAAAAUGAAGGACUUGAAGGCCAAACGUAUAAAUCCUCAUAAAGUUCACCACAGACCGGUCAUGAGCGAGAUGACUGCCCAAGCUAUCUUGUGAUGUUCUUUUAUCGAGUGACCGCCUGUUGCUUUUUAGUGACUCAAAAGGGGUGCAAUAAUGCCAUCUCUCUUACUUCUAUCAAUUUCAUUUGUGAAGUAUUUCAGCGGAUGAGAGAUGCAUUCCGUUCUAAGCAUAAAAACAAGUUCCUAUUUUGGAUACUUUUUUAAAGAUUCUCAUUUUAAAGUAAACAACGUACUCCUUCCAGCCGACUUUAGUUGUUCAAUUUUAACAAAAUUAAGAAAUUCAUUACUUAUUUCGAAAUGUAUGGAAAAAACAAACAAAACACACACACGCGAUAGAUUGAUAUUAUAUGACAAAAUAAUUAAAUAUAAUUGCAAAAUAAUUAUUUUGUUGCCUACUUUAAUAUAUUGAUUCUAUGUUUUAGAUACAAAAUAUUGACCAUUUCCUUAUAUACUUUGCCAAAUAAUGUAAACAGUAAGGCACUAAUAUUCGUUGCUUCAUUUUUUUUUCUUGCACUUUUCAUUGUUUACUUAGUAAAUAAUACCAAAACUUUACUGUUACAAAUUGUUUACAAACUUUUUAGAGGGAAAAAAAUAAAUAAAAUGUGCACAAUAGAUUUGCCAUCUUCAAUUAGGAUACAUAACAAAUGCAUAUGUUAAAACAACAUAUGAUCAAUUAUUAGAAUUUUAAUGUUUCCAUAUUUGACUUUGUUUUAGAAUUUGGAGUUAAAAAGUAAAUUCGAUAACUGAACUUGGUCGCUGGGAGUCAAUUCAUAAAAUUUCGGCAAUGGAGCAGAAAUAAUACAUUUUGCUUAUUAACUUGUGCAUCUCCAAUAAAUAACAGCAAGAUAAUAUGAACAUAACAGAAGAUUCAUUCUUUUAUAAAGCUUAAUUUCUGGGGGUGAACUGAUCCCCCCCUUCAUCAAACUAAAAAAAGAAAAUCAGUCAAAGCUUAAUUGUUUUUUUUUGUCCAUUGUGAAACAAACACAAUCUUGUGAAGAUCCUGCAGAGUAUAGUCAAUUUUUUAAUGUGUUUGUCACAUGUAUGUGUGUAUAUAUAUAUAUAAAUGCCUUAUUUCUUUGUGUAUGCAUUUUUCAAUAAAAUAGC